AUAUUUUAAAUGAAAUUCCUUUUCCUGCUUACCUUUAUUUUUCAGGCUACAUUGAACGUAAGAACUUGACGUUUAAGAUGGCGCAUGUGAAAGACCUACUGUCAGUUGUACAGAAAUACUGGGAGUUAUAUAUUGGUAUAGAUGAUCUUCUAGCACCGGUGAUCAUCGAGCUUAACUCAGAAUACUAUACAUCAUCUGACUCAGAGACUGACACACAGCUGAAGGGUCGUCAGCAGACACAAGCCUUCGCAGCAGUUGAAGCAGUCAUGAGACAUUUAAUAUCAAGGAACCUUAAAAAACCGAGCAGUGGUAUUGGAGGCUUUUUGGUUUCUAAAUUUUUUGUCAAGAAAAACAGAAUACUUGAGGCAGCUGCUGCUCACUUAUGUAACAUAAAUCCAGAUCACCAGGUACUUGAAGUAGGAUUUGGACCUGGGCUUGGUUUGAAGGAAGUUUUCAAUAAGGUGUCAAAGGGUUCAGGUACUGUUCAUGGCAUUGACAUCUCACAGAAGAGUUUCAGUCUAGCAAACAAAAACUUAAAACAGGAAAUAGGAACUGGAAAAAUCAAGUUACAUCUUGCUUCAGUGACGGAUAUUCCAUACGACUCGUGUACAUUUGACAGUAUAUUUCACUGUAAUUGUUACUAUUUUUGGCCCAACAUGGAUGAUGCAGUCACUGAAUUGCAUAGGGUUAUUAAACCAGAUAAAUCAAUGGUUGCAACCCUAUCUCUUCCGAGAAUGAAAAUGGUUCAGAAACAUGGAUUUAUGCAAUACGGAAAUAUAGAUCCAGAGAGGUAUAUGACUUCACUUGAAAAAAAUGGUUUCUACGACGUUGUUAUGAAAACAAUUCCAUUUGAAGACAAAGAAAUUGAUGCGAUUAUUGCUAAAGCAAGAAAAUAAAUCUUUCUUGCGGCGGGACGUCAAAAAGCGUCCAAAUCCGUUGAUUUGUCAUACGCAAUUAAAAAUGCAGCAUUGGCAACUCCAAAGUUUUAGGAAUUCGAGUUAAGCUGCAAGUAACAUUAAACUAAGGUAAAACUAUAUAAUGUGUUAUGAAUAGGUUCAGUUAUUCAUAUUGUACAAACCGUAAAAGUUGCAUGUAAAGUCUACUGAUUAUUAUAUAAUACGUUGUUGAAAAAAAACUAUUUGACUACGCUUAAGAUUAUGUCGCAAACCGAAGGAUGUACAAUGCUUAAAAAAUAGUCAGGAUUUUUUUAUAAUUUAAAUGUUCAACUUUGAAAUCGAUAGGUUGGUAUACUUUUUUACCAUGGCUUAACUCUAAGGAUUAACGUAUGGCCAGUUCAGCAAGUAUAUAUAGAAGAUCAUGAAUAUCACAGACUGACUGCUUGACCUAUAUCUUGUACAUAAAUAAAUAUUAAUCUAAAGA